CUUACACAUAUCUCAGAGUGUGAUGUAGAUCCGACACAUCCAUGGAACGAGAGCCAGUACAUGGUAUACGUUGAUGAUUUUGGUUUAUACAAACCUGGGCUGCUGCUAAUCGAAAUGGUGGAUGACGUUAUUUAUAUAUCCCCCCUUUAUAGCUAUUAUAUGAGAGAUCGGGAGCGAGGGGAUCGCCGAUUUAUCUUUGAUGAGUUAUGCAGUCGUAGUGAACGUACAUAGGUCGAAGGAGCUCGUC